AUGACAUCAAAGGAAGUGGAGUUGACAGGCGGCGCGCCGUGGGGAUUUCGUAUGCACGGCGGCCUCGAUCAAAACCAGCCAUUGCGCAUAUCACGGGUGAAUCCGGGUCGAAAAGCAUCUCUCAGCGGCAUUCGUGAGGGUGAUGUAAUCACCUCAAUUAAUGGCCAGUCCACUAAGAACAUGACUAAUUCAGAAGCUCAUGCCAUGCUGAGAUCUGCCGGGCCUAGCAUGAGAUUAGGGCUAAAUGAAGACAAGGAGAUGUCACCUCGAAGAAGAUCCAUCGGGAAGGCUGCGGACUUGAAAAGACCAUCACAGCUAAUAGGUGAUCUAAACAACGGUAAAGCAGUCUUACAAGCUCCGGUUUACGCCACUAUCCGACCUCCACAACACAGGCCCACAGCCCCGCCAUUAAGAUCACUUAGCUCUCCACCUACAACAUAUACCUCAAUCGUUCAAGAACCACCGAAGAUUCACCCAACAAACCCGUUUUACACCACGUUACCUCUAAAUUGUACAAGUGCUUCCAGGUUACCGAUACCAAACGGUCGAUUUUCUACAUUAGAUAGGAAUAACUCAAUUAACAAAUCUAAAGAAUCAAACAAUGAGUUUCAUUCGACCUUACCCAAUGCAUCUGAAUCAAGUCAAUCGCAAAUAUUUGAGACAAGAUCUGUAAACAUACCGAUUACAAGAGAAACUAAUAUGUAUUACAAUGAAAAUGAUUCUCAAUCGGCAGCGCAAGACAGUAGAAGAAAUCCAUUUGAGACGAAACGCAACAGUGACCCUUUUGAAAAGUAUCAUCGACCCGAAGCAAAUGGAACUCAUGCACACACUAUGUUGAAUUCUAAAAGCGAUACAGACUUCUAUUCAAAAGAAGAAAUAACCAAACAUUCGGUAAUAGAAGAGAAAAUCAGUGAAAUAGAAGAAGUAAAGACGAUAAAGAAAAUGGUGUUGAACAGUUCUAGUGAUGCGAUUGAUAAAUCUAACGGUUUGCAUCAUUUAAAAAACCACUCAAAGGUUAGUGACUUGAGAAACAGUAGUCAAAAUGAGUACAUAAUUACUCCAACUCUUGAGAAUUAUAAUGAAUUUAAUAAGAACGGUGGUAAUCUGGAAAGACGAUUAAGUUCUUCAGUUAUUUACAAAUCGCCGAGAUGUCUCUACAAGCCACAAGGUGAGUGUUCUAAUUUUAAUAUGUUGUUCUCCUUCUAA